GUGGGGCUGGUGGCCAUUAACCUGCUGGGGAACGAGCUGGAGACGAACAACAACAGCGUGUCCCCAGACGGGGAGGGGGGCCAGGUGCCCGGCGGCGACCCCCAGGCCGUGCCCCUCUACCACGACCUUGCCUUCGCCAUGUAUGUGGACACCCAAGUGGCCGCCACCAUCAGGACCCUCGAGGACCGCCGGGCCGCUGCUGUCAGAGAGAAGCGGCUGGAGUACGCCAAUAAACUCAAGGCGGCAGUGAGUCAGCUCCGCACCGCCGGAGAGCGGCUGGGCAAGUACGAGAUCGAGAAGAGACACGCAGUGGACACCGAGAACUACGACCGAGCCAAGGUGAAGAAAGAGCUGGCGGAGGAGUACCGAGAACAAGUCUACAAAGCGCUGGAAAUCGACGACUUAUUGGAGAGGAAAGGGAAGCUGGAUAAAAACGACUACCCUGACACCAAGGGCCCUCGCGAGCUGCCUCCGCCCCCGCGCCCAAGGGCCGCCAAGCCCCGCGACGCCUCGCCCACGCCCGGUUCUCACCUCCCACCGCCCAGACUCACCAGCACGCCGCCCAAGCCGCCGCCCACGCCGCCCAAGUCACCGUCGCCGCCACCCAUCAAGAUUCCCUCCGCCCCGCUGCCAGAUCUCCGGCCGCCCUACCUGCAGCCCAACACGCCACGCCCGCCUGCCUCGCCGGGCCGCCCAUACCUGCCUACGCCCCCAGCAGCGCCCUCGCCAGCUGCCUAUACCUCGCCGCCCUCGACGUACUCCUCCCCUUAUUACUCCUACGACGAGCGUGCACUUCCCGCCCUCAAACAGUAAGUUUUUUCCCGCCUUUUUCAUAAAAUUUGUUCAAAUUUUCCCGCCUUUUUCAUACAAAUGUCCAGAUUUUCCCGCCUUUUUUUAAAUGUUCAAAUUUUCCCGCCUUUUUAAAAAAAUUGUCCAGAUUUUACCGCCUUUUUCUUAAAAAGGUCCAGAAUGUCUCGAGUUUUCGUAAACAGGUCCGAAAUUUCCAGAUUUUUUGUUACUUGUGCUCAAGUUGUGGCGAAUUAAUAGCGUUUUUCCUGUUUUUUUUAUAUCCUGCCAUUUGCCAUGCUUUUAAAGAUCACAUCAAAAACACAUUAUGUUCUGCUAAUUUUCAUCACGAAGUGCUAAUGUGUAUUUUUCCUACUGGAGACAUUAUUAUUUGUAUUAAAUUGUGUUUUACAACAUCCUUCCUGCCACUGAAAACUGUUAAUUACCCGAAAGCUCUUUGUUUAAUUAGGGGGUAGCUGGGUGUAGGUGGGUCCUCUAUGUUGGUGUAGGUGGGUGUAGGUGAGUCUUGUAUGUUGGU